AUGGUGGUUGGUUAUGCACACUGUGGGAGAUUUGGUGAGGCUUUGAGAUUUUAUGGACUAUUGAGGACAUUGUCUAUUGGAUAUAAUGAGUUUGCGUUUGCUAGUGUCUUGAUUGUUUGUGUGAAGUUGAAAGAAUUUGAUCUUUGUAGGCAUAUGCAUGGGCAUGUUUUAGUUGUUGGUUUUUUUUCCAUUGUGGUUGUUUCCAGUUCAAUUAUAGAUGCUUAUGCAAAGUGUGGUAAAAUGGAAGCUGCAAGGAGAUUAUUUGAUGAAAUGCCUGUGAGAGAUAUUCCUGCUUGGACAACGCAAGUUUCGGGAUUUGCUUUAUGCGGGGACAUGAAAUCAGCUGUUGAAUGUUUAGUCAGAUGCCUAAGAAAAAUUCUUAUUGGUGGACAUGUUUGA